AUGGCCACGCCACACCACCCCGUAAAUGACGGCUCAGUUGAACCGCCUAACCCAAAUGCCGGUUUGCUUUGUGGGCCUUCGAAUGCCACAGACUAUGGAAAAACCGAGAGCUCGCUUGAUCAGGGCCAGCUUUCUUCGGCCAAAGCCACAUCUUUCCUGGGAGUUUCUGGUGGGAAUGGGGGAAACGGUGCAAACACUGACAGCAGCGCUGCAGCGGCGCCUCUGAUUUCGUCUCAUAUGGAAGAAGCUAUUGACCUUUUCUUAGAGGAGGGGAAGUUGCUCGAGGACCUCGAUCGUGUACAUGUCACAGAAAUCUACAGUACAUUUAAAGACCAGACAAACGCUCGACCAGGCUGCACCACUAUGGGAUCGAGCAGAGUUCCCAUAUUCUCUCCUUUUGAGGGUUCGACUCGUGCCCAAAGCAUGAGUGAAGGAAUCCCAAGACGAUCAAGAGAGACCGUUGUCGGAAGAGAUAUGGAUGGAUACAAGGAGGGCAGCAGCAUUUCUACAGCUUCAAGUAGGCGCACUGUGGUUUCCCCGGCGGCUCUGGUAGUUGCCGGGGGUUCACCAGGGGAGGCACGGUUUAUGCUCCCUUCUUCUGGAGUAGGAGCAUACAACAGCAUUUCCUUGACGAAGGUGCAGCCUACGGCAGAUAAACAACAUGUGUUAUUGACUGCGCUUGAGUGGGAGCGGUUCAGACGAAUUGUGACCAAUCUUCUCUCUACAAAUAUAGAUCUUCGUUCCAAGUUGCGGUCUAGUCAACAACAGUUUCGGCAACUUGGCUACACAGAGAGUCUGGAACAGACCGUAGCCCGUCUGAAAUGUGAAGAACUCCAGUUGCGGAGGGCUAUCGCCACGCGUGAAGCCUGCUUUGCGGGCAAUUACUCUCUUCGUGCAAAAAUCUCAGCAUGUCGGACAGGCCUAGAUGGCUUCCAAGAUCCUCUCCAGAAAUACCAGUCACAGCUUCAAAGUUUACGCGACCUUGCGCGUGUUUUAGGAGAGUCUGUGAAUCAGAUGAAAGACAGACGGAAACAGAUGACAGCUACGAACGAAAGCCUUAUGACAGUCCCCCAAACCGUAAGUGUGGACUCACAACAGAGCGGCACACGAUGGAUUUGCCCGCAGGGAUGCGCUGGGGUCCUGAAAGAAAUUAGAGUGGCGGGAGGCAGGUGCUUCGUUGUUACCAUUCAUGUUCGCUACCCAAGCCAUAUGGAAUCGAAAAGGGGCAUUGAGUCGUCGACGCCCCGCAGCUCAACUCCUACAUCUUGUCUCGAUGGUUCAAAUAAAAACUCGGCUAAAGUUCCACCCAUGGCGGAUACCUUCAGAGAGUUUGACGGAGCGUCCAUGAAGCACAGAAUUGGCCUCUGUCCCUCAGGAGAAGCCACUGGAGUGGUUGAAAAUUGCAAGCAAACGGCGUCAGAGUUUGUUUUUACAGGAGAGUCGCCACAUGCAGCUGCAAGCAACUGCCCUAAAACCCUGGAAGAUCUUCAUCGCUACUUUUGGGCUCGUGAACUUGCAGAGAUGAUCUCGAACAAAAGAGCGGAAGUUAUCAUCGUCGUUUAUGACACCAUGACAUCUAACGUGCACAUUCAGACGUUGAACAUGCGAGAAUGGCCCGAAAACAUAACUCGAGAGUUUGUCCACGGCAUAGUUCUACACAUCUCAUCGAAUUUACACGUACAAUCUAUCUGCGCUUCGGAGAGAGGACAGGUACCUCCCGCAGACAGCUCAUUGCCAACCACACCUGAAAAGGGGAAAUCAGUGGGAUUGACGUCAAAAGACGCGAUCACACUGCAGUAUAAGAAGCCUGUGAACUCCGGGGGCCUCAGGGAAACUGUUAUUCAGGGUCAUGUUGAUGAGUCGUUCUUCGAAGAGAUGAGUGAGUUUCUGGUGUAUUCUGGAUACCAUGAGAUUAGCGGCGUAGCCGACUUGGCAAAAGAGCCUACUUACUUUUUCGUGUGUAUAUAUCAACAUUCGGAAAGACUUCUUGUGGCUCGCUUGUUCAGCCCUCGGUCUUCCCAGCUGCUAGUCUUGUGGAUUGAUGUUGUCCAUGCUAAAACAGAGUAUAUGAAGUUGCUUGAGUCCAAAGGCUCAGCUGGCAAGUUGUCGUAUUAUCGUAAAGGGCCAGGGGCUGUUGUCGAGGCAGAAUGUAAAAUGGAGGAUGAGAAUUUGCUCCUGAGUGCCGACCUCAUUCGCUUUAUUGUCUCUCGACUGAGCUACGAAAAUGGCCGGCUGUUCCUUGUCCACGUCACGGAGAAGAACGAUACAAGGUACUCGCCUCACCAGAGUAAUCUCCAGUCUGAGGGCAACCUCUUGCCCGUGGCCUUGAACUCUCCAUCACACUCGGUAGAAAUGGAUGGUCAACUUAAAAGGAUGCCGCCCCAUUGCCGGCAGCGUGUUUUUGAAGCCCUCUCGGUUGCAGAAACAACACUGCGUGGCCAUACCACUAUAACCUUUCGGCACCCCCAACUAGUGGAACGUGUUGUGGAUGAGUCAGGAUCAUCUGGACGAUCCAGUUUUGUUCUUGUUCAGUCCCGUGUAAGCCUGCUUCCACUGGAAGAGAGCGUUUCGUUUGUUGUGUAUGACCCAGCAACAGCCUGGAUUGCCGAGAGCAGCUUUCACCUGUUGGAUGGUGUCGUUGUAGUUCAGUCCCGCCAAAGAACGUUCCUCCAAAAGCUUAGCCUGACGCAAACUUUACUGGAUCAGCUUUUUGAAGAACUCUCUGCAUCAGCUGUUGCUGGUUCCAAAAACAUGAGGACAGACCGGGCCACUCUGUGUCAAUAUGGUGACGGACCGCCUCGUAGCAUUGCAGACAAGUCAGCGGCGGCAGAAAUCCAAGAAAAUGACCAGACAGAGUUACAGACGUAUCAUGACAUCGGAGGGGGCAGUAGUGGAGCAGAGUUGUUUCCAACAGCUGGUGAAGGUGCACGAAAGUAUAUUGCGAGCGACGACAAGUACAGAGAGAAGGACGAGGCUCCAGUUGAUCAAAACGCAAGAGCAGUUGCAGCUUUAUCAAGAUUGCAGUGGAUGGCACUCCUGCAAGAAAUAUAUCGUGACAUGAAGUUAACAAAUAACUCACUUGUGCUUCCGGGUGUUACUCUCGGUCGUGUAACCGCAUACUUAUGAUGCGUUUGCCCAGCAAGCGUCGGAGCGGUCUUCAAAUGUCCGAUGCUACCGCGAAAUCUGGGGGUGUUGGCGUUCUUGCAUCUGAGGCUGUCGACCGAAUAGCACGGUCAAACGAGACCGUGAUCUAUUCCGCGCGAGUGCAUUGACUCCGUCUUCUAUCCGCACCGUUGCGUCAAACUCAUAAACCUGAACCAUCGAGAGGAUGGUUCGAAAUGCCAAUGUCUGGUGUUGAACCUCCCGCCUUGCAUCCUCGGAUGUGUUCUACUUGGUAAUUAUCUUCCUCUGAAGAAGAUACAAGAAUCGCAUGUGGGUCUUACUGUCAUCACGAGAAUCUCGCAGUACGUCGAAACUUAAAGAGGGGCACAAUAUAAACCAGAACAUGCGAAGUGGUAAAGUGCACGAGGGCUGCCGUGACGAACCACGAUUUAAUAACUCCCAGACGUCUAUCCGGUUUUAGUUCAAAUGCGCACCGCUAUAGAGUGCCCUUUUAGCGGAAAGGUGGUGCACGUCUGAACUACGGCAGCGCUUCUCAAUAAAACUAAAUCGCUGAUGUCUCACCCGUGGUAGGGAACGAAAGUGUUUUUGACCUUUUGUGGCUUC